UUCAAUCCCCGGCCCCGACUGUGUGGAGUUUGCAUGUUCUCCCCGUGCCUGCGUGGGUUUUCUACGGGCACUCCGGUUUCCUCCCACAUUCCAAAAAAACAUGCAUAAAUUGGAGACUCUAAAUUGCCCGUAGGUGUGCAUGUGAGUGCGAAUGGUUGUCUGUUUGUAUGUGCCCUGCGAUUGGCUGGCAACCAGUUCAGGGUGUACCCCGCCUCAUGCCCGAUGACAGCUGGGAUAGGCUCCAGCACGCCCGCGACCCUAGUGAGGGUAAGCAGCUCAGAAAAUGGAUGGAUGGGGGGUAUUCCGUCUAUAUUUUAUUCCUACAAACACUAUUUUACAUCAAUAGUGUGGAACAUAUUAGAAAACACUGUACAAAAACGUUCAUUUACAAUAAAGGAAUAAAGAGCGGCGGGUCUACGGAAGUCUGGGUGGGUAUGUGACAAAAGCAGAAGCGGAAAGAGAGAAGAUGGUUCGGUUUUUCUUCAUUCAUAUGAUACAGUAUAGGCAUAGUUAGUUUUAUGAAAAAUUAUUGUAAAAUUACGUUUUUCCAUAAAAACGCAGCCUCGUAGGUUUAGCGAAGUGUAACGUCCCUGGCGCACGGACUUUUAAAGUCGCUCUUUCGUUGACAAAAACUCAAACAUAUAAAUUGUUUCGGAACGAAUCAACACGACGUUGACUCGCCUCACAAAUUUUGCGUAAACAACAACACUGUCGCUUCUUUAGUACGUCAUCACCUCUUACUUCCAUGAUCUCCGUCUGUAAUAACAUACAAACAAUAUAACUAUAAAAAUCCACAGUCAAACUUCAUUUGGCUUGGUAAUGUUUUGUUAUUAUAUAUAUUAUUCUCCCACUGAGACGUGUCGGCUAGAAAUAAAGCCAGUUAGUUGAGUAAAAUGUAUACUUUAUGAAACACAAGCUAAAAUAGAUUGCAGUACGUAUUGGCGUCUACAGGGAGCAGUGCAGUUUUAGAAGUAGCGUCAUGUCAGAGUGGACGGAAAGGAAGUAGAAGACUGAAUGUCAAAUUGUAGCAUGGUACGCUAAUGUCGCCUGUAGUUAGCAGGGUACUGUAAAAAAAAAAAAAAGAAAAAGAACAAAACCAAAAAAAUGUCCGGCCACCCUUUAUUUAGGGUCGCUUUGUUAACUAAACAAAUCGCAAACAAUGCGCCACUUCUAACAUUCCGUAGGAAGGACGCGUUAAACAAGUUACAAGAAUGUGGAUAUGCGAAAAAAGUGGCCACCAAAGGCAAAGGAAAGGGGAUGGUUAAAGACGAGCUAAAAGGACCAGAGGUGUGCAAAGAUCCAGUCCUGUUGACUUCUUAUGCAGUGGGGGCCAACAUCUACAAACAGGGAGCAGACCCCAAACUCAAACCUGUGGAGGAAUACCCAGAGUGGCUCUUUCAGUUGAACCUGGAGGCGCCCUACAAGCUCCACGAGCUGGAGGAGGAAAGCUGGGCGUACUGGAAGCGUCUCCGAAAGGAAAGCAUUUGGCGUCACAACAGAUUGCAUAAAGGGAAGAAGUUCUAGACUGCACUGAAAUCAACUUGGUUGUUUAUAUCAUGUCACAGCAUUUAAUGACUCUAAUGUACAUGUGUUCAUGUUUGUUUUUUUAAUGUCCAUCUCCUCAUUAAAAAAAAGUUUCCCCAUU